AUGUAUUCUAAGAUUAUUAAAGAUAGAGUUGAAAAAAGAAAAAAUAUUAUUCCUGAAAUGAAAUUAUUUGGGGCACACAGUUUUAAAUUGAAUGUGUUUUUAUAUUUCUUGGAUUUUGUUGGUCACUAUCAACUUGUAGAAAUAGACAAUGUAUCUCUUCCUCGAGACAUGUCAGAGAUAAAAGACUUUGUCAAUUUUUAUGGAGCCAUAAUUAAAUGGGCAUUAUUGACAUCUGAAUUCAAACUUAAAUCAUCUGAUCCAGAAUCAAGAAUAUGUUCAUCUCGUUUAUCUUAUAGCUUCAGCCAUUUCAUAAGCUAUGGCUUUAUCAUCGAUUUUGGUAGAAAUAUUGGUAGUGCCUGUGAGAUAAAACCAUUUAGUAGUAGAAAUUGGGAUGCAAUUGGUGAUGUUAGAAAUUAUAAUGCCAUCAGAUGGUGGUAA